UUCCGGCGCGGCGUUGAGGCGGCGCUCGGCCUCCCGUUCCCCGCGCUGCAUUGUGGGCCGCGUAGUUCCGGUGCGGCCCGGGCGGGCGGCGUCGGCGAGUGGCGAGAGGCCGCGGUUGGCCUUGUGGGAGCUGUAGUCCGGCGGGGGGCCCGCGUCCGCGCCCCGAGGGACCCCCGCCAUGCCGGGCUUCACCUGCUGCGUGCCGGGCUGCUACAACAACUCGCACCGCGACAAGGCGCUGCACUUCUACACCUUCCCCAAGGACGAGGAGCUGAGGCGCCUCUGGCUGAAGAACGUCUCCCGGGCGGGCGUCAGCGGCUGCUUCAGCACCUUCCAGCCCACCACCGGCCACCGGGUCUGCAGCGAGCACUUCCAGGGCGGCCGCAAGUCCUACCUGGUGCGGGUGCCCACCAUUUUCCCGCUGCGCGGCGUCAACGAGCGCAAAGCAGCGCGGGCCGCCCGCCGCCCCCGCCCCGCCGCCGCCGCCGCCGCCACAGCCGUCGUCGUCGCCCCGCAGGGCCCCGGCCCCGCCGCCGAGGCCCCGGUAGGGGGCGCGGCCGAGGACGUGAAGCCCAUCGACCUGACGGUGCAGGUGGAGCUCGGGGCCGCCGCUGCCGGGCCCAGCCCCUGCUGGUUGCCGGUAGGUCAGGAAGGCCCCGUGGAAGGCGGCCCGCCGGACCAUUCGUACUCCUUGUCGUCCGGCACCACGUCGGAGGAGCUGCUGAGGAAGCUGAACGAGCAACGUGACAUCAUCGCUCUGCUGGAGGUAAAGAUGAAGGAGAUGAAGGGCAGCAUCCGCCGCCUGCGUCUGGCCGAGGCCCAGCUCCGCGAGGAGAUCCGAGAGAAGGACCGGCUGCUCCACGCCGCCAGCGUCGGGGCCCGAAAGCGCCACGGCCUCUGAGGGUGGCCGACGCCUCCCGGGGCAUGGCCAGGCCCUGCUUGAACGCUGAGCCUCCAUCACCCCGGGACAGGGCCGCCACGAGCUGUGGCCCCGCUCACCCACAUGCAAACCCACCGGAUUCAGGAGAUGCCGAGGAACGCUGUUACAAACACAGCGACCUCUUAGAGACACCUCUGGCCUACGCCAAAUCCGCUGGCAUUGUCUGUGUAGUUUGAAAUUGUUCUCAUUUAGGGCGUUGGGACCCCGUGUCACCACUAAGUGGAUGUAGGGUGUUGGUUUUCAGCAAAUAAACUGCGCUGAGUUGAGGUGGCAGGAACGCUACCCCCUGGAGAAGGCACGUCUGAAAGCAUGGUUGCCACUGUAUCCAUCAUAGGAACAAACAGCGAUGUUUUGCUUGGCCUUGCUUAGCAAAGGCAUGAGGAAAGCUUUAGAAAACCCUCUCAGGGUGAUGUGUUUCUUCAGUAAAUUACUGAUGCCAUAAAAGACUGCCAUUUCUAAUAUAAAAGAAUCCCAAAAUUUAUGAGUGCUCAUAUAGGCUUGGCUUUCUCAGCAGUACAUACAUAUUUGUUACAGUUGUCUCUGCUCUCAACACUAGCAAGGAUUGUGACCUGGUACAAAGAACCUGGUGGCAUUUGAUGUCUGUAGUUUAUCCCAGUGGCUUAAGAACUCCCUCUCGUGAAACACAGGCUUUGUAACAUGUUGGAAUUUAAAUCCUUGGCUUUCGUUCAGCGAACUGGGGUGAAGCCAAAGUGAAGCAAAUGUAUCUGCAGUGGUUGCAAACCCUUGCUGUCUAAUUCUAACCUAGUUGGCAUGACUAAUAAUCUGUACCUUAGGUAAGAUCUUAAUGAAAUGUGCUUGCGUGUUUUAAACCAAGAUUUAAAAGUAUUGUAACAAAUUUACGUGGAAUGAUCGUGUAGUUUCUGUUUCUAGCCAGCAUUAGUCCCCUCACAUUCAGCAACAGGAAACCAAAUGGAAGUUGGCCAGAAGGUUGUGGAAUGAGGGGUGUGAGGUGAUGAGCUUGGACUGAGCCAUGGAACGGAGCCCUUGGUGCUUUCCAGGAGGAAGGCAUUUGAUGUGCCACUCUGACUCCAUCUCCAUGCGUACUUGGGUUGGGGGGGGGACGCAGGUUGACCAUUAUGUGUGUUGGAAACAAAAGGCAGUUCACCACAGUGUGCCCAUAAUUACUUUUGAGGGAGUGCCCAGGUGGCUUCUGGGUCUGUAAGAUCAUCUUCCUGUACUUGGAAUGUGUUACACUUAGUAGGUCGAGAUGUCGAUUUUACUACAUUUUAUAUAAGUAUUUUCUAAAUGUAAAAAGUAUCUUUGGUUUGAAAAUAUUGUAAUCUUUGUAACGCUGGCUGACAUAGCUUUCCAACCGUGGGUUUCAAUGCCCUCUGUAGGAGGGAACAAAAGGGCACAUUGGCAUCUGUUAGCUGGAGGUUUAUCUGUUGAUCAUGUAGCCAGUUCAGCUGAAGGCAUUGGUUGUCAGAGCCUGCUAUGUGAUGCAUGGGUCAUUUCUUUAUUGCUGUGUGUACUGAGUUGGAUGGUUGACUGUGAGGAUACUACAGGUCUAUUCAUGUACUAAGUAUUUCCUGUUAUUUUCAUUUUAAUUUAUUUUCUCUGAUAUGUAGCUCUAACUUCAGCUCUGCAGUGUACUGAUUUUCCUGCAAGUCAAGUAAGCAGCAAGUUUGUUUUGUUUUUUGGGGGGGAAGGGGUGGUAGGGAAAGCAGAUACCUGCUACCCUAUCUGAUUUAGCAUAUGUAAUUGGUCCAGCAGAUCUAUGCUCCCAUCAAGACAAUAGGCAGCACAACGUCUCUCCUUACAAACGAGACCAUUUGUGCAUCCUAGCUUCUUGAGAACACACUCGUUUUAACAGUCAUGGUACUUUUUUUACCAUUGGAAUGCACUUCAGGAUGUUCAGCCACUUAGCCCGCUGGACUGGUUAACUGCUGGACUGUUCGAUUUCUCCAGGUUACACUGAGGUGCUAACAUGCUUAAUUUUAAUAAAGUAUAUUUUGUUUUGUUUCCUG